AUGGAGCAAGCCUAUGGAGAAGUGAACCAGCUGGGCGGCGUGUUUGUGAACGGGAGACCUCUGCCCAAUGCCAUCCGACUGAGGAUAGUGGAGCUGGCCCAGCUUGGCAUCAGACCGUGUGACAUCAGCAGGCAGCUCCGAGUAUCCCAUGGAUGUGUCAGUAAAAUUCUGGCCAGAUACAACGAGACAGGCUCCAUCCUCCCCGGGGCUAUUGGAGGCAGCAAGCCCAGAGUGACCACCCCGAACGUGGUGAAGCACAUCAGGGAGUACAAACAAGGGGACCCGGGCAUCUUCGCAUGGGAGAUCAGGGACAGGUUGCUGGCUGACAACGUGUGUGACAAGUACAAUGUGCCCUCUGUCAGCUCUAUAAGCCGGAUCCUGAGGAAUAAAAUUGGGAACCUGUCUCAGCCCAGCCAGUAUGACAAUGUCAAGCAGCAAUCAUCGCAGCCAACUAUACCAUACAAUCACCUAUACCAGUACCCCUAUCCCAACCCAAUAUCCCCCGGAUCCACUAAGGUGGGAAGCCAUCAUCCAGGAGUGCAUAUGCCAACGGGACAUGUCAGCAUAGCCAGGUCCUGGCCAUCAGCUCACUCGGUCAAUAACAUUCUGGGACUUCGCACCUUUAUGGAACAAACAGGUGCUAUAGCUGGGCCAGAUGGAUCUGUCUAUUCCCCCAAGAUGGAAGAGUGGGAAAGAGUAAACAGGACAGCUUUUCCCAGCAGCCAGAACUUAAAUGGUAUAGAGAAGAGUGGUGUAGACCCUGACAUUAAAUACCCACAGCCUGCUUCCAGCCUCUCCACCGUGGGCAGCUUCGUCCAAGCCUGCGCCUACCCCUCCAGCCAACAGUAUGGGGUGUACGGGGGCCCCGGAGCCGGCUAUGUCACCCCGGGACACCAUUGGCAAGCACAAGGCAGCCCCCUGGCUCAUCACGGUGCAGGCGUGACGGUACAUGGAGGAGACCUCGGAGCCCCUAUGACAUUCAAGCACCCAGUCAGGGAAGGUAUGCAAACAGCAUGA